GUUUUAUCAGAGGCACACCAGUAUGUCUUUCCAAGGAGACGAACAAGUUGAGGUAUAUACAUAUGGUUCUGCAAUUUCAUGGAUGACAAAGGAGAUGCAGACCAAUCUAGAGGAUCAAAAACCCUGUUAUCGUUUCUCUCCUUAAACCGAUUCAAGAAAAAACAUGGAGUUCCUGUAACAUUGGAGUUGUUAGAAGAUGGUGGAUGGUCAAAGGGUACUAAUAAAUAUGCUAGACUGAGUUCUAGAAACGAUGCUUCUACUAGUUCUGGACUGGACACUCCACUUCAAAUUCUUGAUGCAAGAACGUUAAUAAAACAACAAGCAUGUGUUUCUUCCACUCCAGGAUCCUCGUUAGAUUUAGAGUGGGAACACGAGGGGAUGCCUCUGCCAGUCAUGGAUAAUGAAAAGGUUGAAAGUACCGACGGUUCUAUAACACAAACAUCGGUUAACAAUAGUCAACCCUCUAGUUUGACAGCAUCUCCUUGGUCAAGAGUCUCUACACCAAAUAGUUUAGAAUGGGAUCCGGUCGAAGCGGAUAUGGUAUGUGUUGAUUUAGAGACUGAACAGCUUUUAACUGAGAUAGAGAGGUUGACGGAUAGAGCAUUGAAAGAAACAGGUGAAUGGACUAAUAGCAGUUGAUAAAUAAUGCAUUUAUAAUUUAACAGGAUUAUUUGUAUUUUUGUAUUACUAAAAGGGAGUACACAACGGAAUUAAUGUACAUGAAAUACUUUUAGGAAACAAAAAAAAAAGAUUCUACUGUUUCAAUAUUUGUAUUGUUGAAACAAUAUGAAGAUAUAUUUGUAUUGUUUCAAGGUAUAUAUACAUACGUGCAUAAGAUAAGAUAGUUAACACAGAAUUUUAAUAGAAAGCUGUGUUGCUUGAAAAUAUCUUUCACCAGGUUAUUAUAUAUAAAAAAAAAAAGAAAAAUGCCAACAUUUGAAACGAAGAAUUUUUUAUAUAAUACAUAUGUAUAUAAAUUUUACAUAGGUAAAUGAAAGAACAUGCGUUUGUUUUUCAAUUUCAAACAGUACUGCAUUUUUCUUUCAGUGCAUUUCCUGCUCCCGUAAUUAUAUCUUUUUUUUCCAAUAAAUUAACAACAGAUAAAUAUUUUUAUUCUCGUUGCAUUCAACUUUCAUAGGACAAUAACUUUCUUCCUAUUAAUAACUUAUAUAUUCUAUUUAAAAAAUUGCUUAUUCUUUCUUUCAGUCCCUCGAUGUUUAUAAAUAAUUUACUGACAACAAUUGAUCUCAUGUUUUUUCUAUACAAUGUAUAAAUGUAACAUAUUACUUUAACCUUUUGAAGCAUAUCUAAGUAAAACCAAAGUUUUUUAUGUUUCUUUUUAAUUUUUUAUACAGAAUUUUUAUAUAAAUGGCCAAUUGUGCUUCAAAUGGUUAAACACUGCAUAUCAUCCAUGCAACAAUACGGAUUUUUACGUUUGUAAAAUCUACUAUUCAAUACUUUUAAUAUAGAUAGGGGGAUAAACAAAACCAGAGAUUAUAAGAUUAAAAUGUAUGAGGUGCUAUCAAUGCAAUAUAUUUUUUGCAAGUGGAAGUAAAAAUGGCUUGUUUCGGAAAAUCCUUCUUUUAGGGCUUAGUCUCCUAAAUUAAUUGUAUUUUAUAUAAGAAAGACUACCACAUAGUCUUACGUAAAUCUAGUCACGAUCAAAUUUUAUGAAUCUCCACAAGAUUAUAAUAAAAAAAAAAGACAAGGUGGUGCUGGCAUAAUAUUAAUGUUGAUAUAUGUAUUUGAGUGUACAAAACGUUUCUACUAAAGUUGAAGUAUUACGAAGUGAUUAGGUAAAUAAUUUUAGAUAGACUAUCGACUAUUGAAGUGAAUAAAUUUGAAACCGAGGUAGCUGCCUUACAAUAGAUAAAAAA